AUGGCGCCGUACCGCUUGGCGCUGCUCGCGCUCGCAGCAAUGCAGCUGCCCGCCCACGCGGGCGCCCACGGCGCCGAGGAGUGCACCGUGCCUGGGGCCUGCCUCGACGAGGCCGAGGUCGAGGCCGCGGAGCAGGGGGAGGCCGACGCGCUGAGGGUGGAGCUGCUGCAGGCCAGGUCGUCGGUCGCGGCGCGGGCGUCGACGGGGUCGAACACCAGCUCGGGCGCCAGCUCGGACAGAACCUUCUGGUUCGUCUCGCGCAAGCAGUGCGGGGGCGUCGCUGGUGUGCCAGGCAACGUGCUCUGGGCCGCGCAGUGCCAGCCAGCGGCGUGGGACCGAACGAAGUCCGUGAUUUACAUGUGCGAAGGCACUACCGUAUCCGCGCAGAUGUGGGAUAACCAGGUCUGCGCCGGCGUCCCGGUGCUGAACAGGACCAUGGUUUCGGGCGAGUGCUCGGACACCGUUCAGCCAGACGAUGGCGAUGGGCAGGAACAAUAUGAGUGCCUGUGUGGUAUAUAUCCGGUGUCCGUCACUCCAGUUUCCUCGCAGGCGUGCUAA